AUGGCCUCUUUAGCUUGGACUAAUACAAACAUCACCACCGACAAAUAUGCACUUCUUGCCUUUAAAUCAUCUAACACUUCAGAUCCAUACAAUUUCUUAGCUAAUUGGUUUGUCUCUUCUUCUCCAUGCAACCAGGUUGGUGUUACCUACAAUGCUCAUCAUGGAAGGGUCCGUUCCUUGAAUCUUGCUAGCAUGGAUCUUAAAGGCACCAUAUCUCCACAACUAGGAAAUUUUUCAUUCCUUGUUGAACUUGAUCUCAGUAACAACAACUUGAAUGGUCAAACUCCAGCAGAGUUAGUUUGA